CAAUUGGCAGUUUUGUUUAAUGUAAAUACAACUGGGGAAUCAGAACACACACAAGGCAUUUCUAACGUGUCUUAAAGAAACCAAUAGUCGCGGAGGCGCUUCCCGAGUGUGACGCGUGGACUCCGCCCCCGGCCUCGCUGCCGCCUCCCUCGCUCCCUCAGCGCACGGAGCGCAGCCCAGCGUCCGGAGCGGAGGCCGGGGGCGGGGCGACGCGGUGACGCGGCCCCGGGCGGCGAGCACCGGUGUAUUUGGAGGCGGCUGUGUCGGGCCUGGGUGUCCGCCUCUCGCGCUCGCCGCCGCCUGCUCCUAUGGGGUCUUUGCAAGGGGCUGAUCCGCAGGCUGCUCAUCUUCUUCGACCUGGCCUGGCGGCUGCGCGUCAACUUCCCCUCUACGUCUACAUCGUGGCUUCCAUGAUGCUCAACGUCCGUCUGCAGGUUCAUACUGAGAUCCGUUCUGCUGACUGGCAAAGGCGUGUCGUCAGGCUACCACACCACAGAACACGCAGCAUGAGGGACAGAGUAGGGGCUCUGGGCGGCUACCUCGGGAAGGUGAAGGGGGCAGGGGAGGACUCAGACAAGCUAUGUGGCCUUGAAGGAGCACAGGGGGAGCGCCCGUGCCCGAACUCCUGGAUGCAUACGCCCUGCGUUCAAGUAGAUGGAAAUUCACAAAAUGAGUUAUCAACGGAAGUGAAGAAUGCUGAAGUCAACCUCUCGCUUCACAAUGGCAACAAAGCGCUUCCAUGUUUGAAAGAAUCAUUAAGAAGUUCAGCUUCCGCAGGGGCCUAAAGCAAGACUGUGGAUCUGUCCUGUGCUCCUACAGGAGAGCAUCGUGCUGGGGUCUCCUGUGGUGGUGGUGGUGGCUCUGGGAGGGGCUGGCCGGGAGGAGGGCCCAGGGCCAGCGAGCACACAGGAUGGUGCCACAAAGGAGAACCUUGGGGGUCAGGACUACCGUGCCUUCAGAAACGGCCAGAAAUGGGGAUUUCUGAGGAGGAAGCACCAAAUGCUCUUCUAGAAGGGCGAGGCUCUGAGUGGGAAAGGUCUGGCCUGCAUCUCCUCCUAUCUACACUGCUCCAUGCAUGCCCCGAAGCAUUCCUGAACGAUGAGACAGAAUGUGUUUUCCUUGGCCAUUCAAAGCCUGCAUUUUCAGAGCAAACAGAAUCCAAGAAAACGCUUUCACAGGUACAAAGUACCUCAACUGAUCUGCAGAUAACACUGGGGUUACUGGCUCUACCAGCUUUGGAAGGAGCAAAUCCUGUAUGCCAUAGUUAAGGUACAAGCAGAACAACAAAAAGAGUGAGAUUGAUUUCGACAGCUGUCUUAGAGGGGCGCCUGGGUAGCUCAGUCAGUCAGGCGGCCAACUUCGGCUCAGGUCAUGAUCUCGGGUUGGAGACCCUCGUUGUGCCCUGUGCUGGCAGCUCGGAGCCUGGAGCCCGCUUCAGAUACUGUGUCUCCCUCUCUCUCUCCCCCUCCUCUGCUUGCUGUUUCUUUCUCAAAUAAUAAACAUUAAAAAAAUAAUAAUAAAUAAAAAUUUAAAAAAGCUGUCUUAGAAUGAGUUCUUUCACACUGAGACUGGAUGCCUGUUAACAGGGCAGCAGUGAAGUUCCUGCCUCAGUUGGUGUGAUCAAAGGAAGUGGAAGUGAAACUCCUGGGAGGCUGGUUGAUGACGGAGGGGAUUUUUGAGCAUGCUUUAAAUGGUGCUCAGAAGACAUUCAGUAUUGGGCUACCACUUCAAAGAGAGCAUUAAUACAUCCUGUAUCAAUAUCAGGUUAGAACGUGAAGAUUUAACAAAAUUCUUUAUGGAUCUUCAGCACUCAUUGCCAAGGGCUACUGUCCCAGAUGCCAUCUCCUCAGGCCAUCUGCUGGAAGUGGCCACUUGUACCAGUCAGCCUCUCCAUAGUUGACAGUUAGCUGUCCCCAUUUCUGCAUUCUGUAGAAUAAUUUUGGUCUGCAGAACAAUUUGAUUUCUUUCCUCACAUCCCCUCUCCUUCCACUUGAAACCCAAUUUAAAUGGAGGCCCCACAGUGAAAGCUGAAAUAUUAAAUGUACUUUUAGUAUAAUCCUUUCUCACACUGGGAGCCCUACCAGUGUUGCCUGAAAUAAAAGCAAGCUUGAGACUUCUCUGCUGCAGCUCAGCUGGGGAGAGAUGGAUUUAGCGUUUCCCUCACGGGAAGGUUCCAGUUCCUAGGAGUGGAGGUAUCUCGUAUACUAACAUUUUUUUCUGAGGUAAUGCCUCUGGUUGUUGAUAACUUUGAUAAAGAUCACUUGA